AACAACUUACUGUAGCUGUCAACCCAACAAUAGGGCUUGGUCUCGUAAUUUUAUCCACAUAGUUUUUGUCCGCAGACACAUGAUAUUUAUGACAGUGCAGUCAUCAGACUGUGUACUUGCAGUGGAGAGGCAGCCCUGUUCAGCAGAGAGCUGGUGUUUGGUGCAGCUAGUCGCGGGGAUGCUUCUCAACUCCGAGGUCUAUUGGACUUUCUCACAGCCACCAACAAGCGUCUGACAAGCCCGGAGUUUACAGGCCAGUACACAGUGUACACAAUGUCCUAUAUGCUCUCUCCACCCUCACUCCAUCACCUCUGAUUACCAACAAGUGCUUUUAUCACUCACUGCUUCAUUCUACUCAAGUCCAAGGUUAUUCUCAAUAUGGAAACCAGUGAAACAUCUUUGGAUUACAUGAAUUAUUUGGCUAUUUCAUAUUGAUUUUUAUGUCAGACAUGUUCUGAAGGCAAUAAGCUAAGUUGCACAAUUGAUUCACGUUACCACAUGGCUGUAUCCAGCCUGGCUAGCCAUCUGAAGCUCUCCAUCUACUCUAUGCAGUCUGAUAUUUCUCUGAUCUGACUGUUGAUCUGAAGCCUAUGUCCAAAUAAUUAUACUGAGCUUUUUUGAUCAAAUAAAAUCAUGUCAUGUAUUUUUGUCCCUUCCAGAGUCCAAUGGGAAAACAGCACUGCUGAAGGCCUUGUUGAACUUAAAGAAUGAUAAAAAUGAAACAAUUGAAGUGCUCCUGGACAUAGCAGAGAAAACAGGAGAUCUAAAAAAAUUUAUCAAUGCAUCCUACACUGAUAAUUACUAUCACGACAGGGCAGACUGCUCUGCAUGUGGCCAUCGAAAGGAGGAGUCUAGAUCACGUGAAGCUGUUGGUCCAAAGAGGAGCCGAUGUACAAGCCAAAGCCAAUGGGAAGUUCUUUCAGCAGAAUGACGAAUCUGGAUUUUAUUUUGGGGAGCUGCCUCUGUCGCUGGCAGCCUGCACCAACCAGCCUGAGAUGGUGUCUUAUCUCCUGGACAACCCUCACAGACGAGCCGAGGUGAUGGACAAAGACUCUGAGGGCAACAGUGUUCUACACGCCCUGGUGGUGAUCGCAGACAACAGCCCUGAGAACACACAAAUGAUCGCAUACAUGUAUGACAAGAUUCUGACCGAGCACCACACACUGCACAAGGACAGCCCCGUUUGCCUGGAGGACAUCAAGAACAACCAGGGACUCACACCUCUCAAGUUAGCUGCCAAGCUGGGCCGCAUAGGGCUGCUGAAGCACAUGCUACAUCGGGAGUUUAUGGACAAAGAGUCCCGUCCUCUGUCCAGGAAGUUUACUGAAUGGGUGUAUGGGCCAGUACACUCGUCUCUGUAUGACACCAGCUCCAUUGACACAGAUGAAGACAACUCGGUGCUGGAGAUAGUUGUAUUUGGCAGCCAAAUCCCGAACCGCACAGAGAUGCUGCAGCUGGAGCCUCUGCGCAGUCUUCUGGAGGACAAGUGGGAGGGCUUUGCUUCCAAACUGUUUCUUUUUAACUUCCUGGUUUACAUGGUUUACCUGAGCAUCUUCACCGCUGUGGCCAUCAACAGGAAGGAGGGAAAGCCCCCGUUCCCCAUUGAGGAUGUUCCUGAUGACUACCUGCGCAGCACUGGACAGGUCAUCAGUGUGCUGGGAGGACUCUGGUUCUUUUAUAAAGCAGUAGUGAUCUUCAGGAAAAACCCACCGAAGUUCAGCAGUCUCUACACAGAUGGCUUCUGUGACAUUCUCUUUUUCCUCCAGGGCACUCUGCUCCUGCUCUGUGUUCCUCUGUAUGUGAGUGGACUCAGGGAGUAUGUGGGGCUGCAGGUCAUCUCCCUGGCUUUGGCCUGGGUGAACACUCUGUAUUAUGCCAGAGGAAUCAAACAACUGGGCAUUUACAGUGUAAUGAUGCAAAGGAUGAUCCUCAGAGACCUCCUGCACUUCCUAUGUGUUUACGCCGUCUUCCUCUUUGGCUUCUCAGCUGCUAUAGUUUCUCUAAUUGAAGACGAUUAUCCUGAUGAAGACACAAGCCGUUCCAAGACCCUCGGCAGAGGAGUCAGCCCAGAGAUGAUUCUUUGUGAAAAACCCUCAUACAAUGACUUCAGCUUCACCAUUCUGGAGCUGUUUAAGUUCACUAUUGGAAUGGGAGACCUGGAGUUCACAGACCAUGUCCAGUACAAAGAGGUCUUCUACAUCCUGCUCAUCCUCUACAUCGUACUCACCUACAUCCUGCUGCUGAACAUGCUCAUAGCCAUAAUGGGCAACACUGUGGAGAGGAUCUCUAGUGAGAGUGAGAACAUCUGGAACCUGCAGAGAUCCCUCACCAUUUUGGACUUGGAGAGUUCUCUGCCACAGUGGCUGAAGGAGAGACUUCACUCAGGACAGUCCAAAAUCAUCAUCAAACACAACAAAAACAAGGAGAGGAGCCAAAGACUGUUACGAGUGGAGGAGGUCAACUGGACAAAGUGGCGUUCAGAUCUCUAUGUGUUUCAGCAGGAGGAGCCUGGGAGCCACAUGAUCUCUGAGCCCCAGUCCAAAGGAGGACCCCGGUGGAACUUUAAUCCUUUCAAAGAACGAUUUUUGCGCCGAAAUAACCGUCCACAAGGCUACAAUUUGCCAACCAUUUAGCAACCACACUAACCAAAGUGAGUAGGAUUAUUGCCCUUAUUAUCCGUACUUACCUGUCCCAGCUCAGCCCAGAUCGAUACUGUAUAUAUUCCAUAGAGGACUUGUGUAGUGGAAUUGCAAUGUUGACCAUAGGAGGUCCUGGUUGUUCUCUGCAGCAGAGCCAAUAGUCCUGGAUUCUCAAGAUGAUUUUCCAGUCCAAAAGCAGAAUGAGCCUCACAUAUGUCUCUCAUUUAAGUUCCUAGUUUCAAUGCUGAAAUUGGAAUCACCUGAAUCUCCACUACAUGAUCCAAUCAUUUAUCAGUGCUAUUGUUUGGGGGUUGAGAGCCUUCACAUGAGACACGGCCCUUCCAUAUAAUAAUUUAAAAAAACAAACAAACAAAAAACUUUAAUGUGUCUCCUAUAUGAAGGUUAAUGCACUAGGAACUCUCUUUUUUGUAGUCUACUUCAAAAAGUAAGAAUGCAGUAAAACUGUACAAGGUUCCUUUAAGGGGAGAGGCUCCCGUGUGUUAAAGUGAAUAUAUAUUCACAAUGCAUAUUAAGUUCUAAAAAAAUUGCUGUGACUUGUAUGAUGAAAUAUGUAUAAAGAUAAUUUAACUAUGGUGUAGUGCAAAGAAAGACUCCAACUCUUAAAAAGAAUGAACUGUAUUGUAGUAAGUUCAGUUUCAUUUGUUUCAGAUACAUUAAACCCAUGCCAUGUUUUUGAAAUGUUUUGAAACUUUUUUUUUUUUCCAAUAUAUUUUAUAACAAAAAUUAUCAUAUUUUUUCAUGUUGAUUGUAUUUUACAGUCUUAAAUAAAUCUGU